AUGGACACCAGGGCAGUGGUCCUGCUGCCUCCCGUGUGGGGGCUGCUGGGCUGCUACUUCCUCUGCGGCUGGGCUCUGGGGGGCCCACGGUCGCUCCGCUCUCUGCCCUCUCAGGCCCCGCCAGGGUCCGGGCCCGUGUGGCUGCCCCCAGAGGGGGCUGAGGCGGCGCUGGCUUUUCUCCACUCUGGGGACGCCCGGCAGCUGUUGGGGGCUAACUGCAGUGAGCGCUACGAAGCAGGUGGUGCAGGAGCCAGCCCGGGGCUCCCCCAGGUGCUACACCACGCAGCCAGCACCCUCGCCCAAGCUGCCAACUUCCUCAACAUGCUGCUGCAGGCCAACGACAUCCGUGAGUCCAGCGUGGAGGAGGACGUGGAGUGGUACCAGGCUCUGGUCCGCAGCGUGGCGGAGGGAGACCCGCGAGCUUACCGUGCCUCGCUGACCUUCAACCCUCCACCAGGGGCCAGCCACCUACAGCUGGCCUUGCAGGCCACCAGGAUGGGAGAGGAAACCAUCCUUAAGGACUUGUCUGGCUACAGGGUGCAGGAGAGCCCAGCCGGGGACCCAGACACCUCUGCCCUGCGGAAGCGAGUGCUGACCAAUGACCUGGGGAGCCUUGGCAGCCCCAAGUGGCCACAGGGGGAUGGGUAUGUGGGGGACAUUCAGCAGGUGAAGCUGUCUCCUCCCUUCCUGGAAUGCCAGGAGGGCCAGCUCCGUCCCGGUUGGCUGAUCACACUCUCGGCCACCUUCUACGGACUCAAGCCAGACCUCAGCCCAGAGGCCAGGGGGCAGGUGCAGAUGGACAUCGAUCUGCAGAGGGUGGACAUCGACCAGUGUGCAAGCGGCCCAGGCUGGUACUCCAACACGCACCUGUGCGACCUCAACAGCACCCAGUGUGUCCCCCUGGAGAACCAGGGCUUUGUCCUUGGCCGCUACCUCUGCCGUUGCCGACCUGGAUUCUACGGGGCAAGUCACGCCAGGGGGUUAGAGGAGACUGCCACCUACCCUGCUGGGCAAUUCCAGCCCCCAGAGAGGCUGCUGCGGUGCCAGCCGUGUCCCGAGGGCUGCACCAGCUGCAUAGAUGCCACACCGUGCCUGGCGGAGGAGGCCCUGGCGCUGCGGGCAGCAGUGCUGGCCUGCCAGGCCUGCUGCAUGCUGGCCGUCUUCCUGGGCAUGCUGAUCUCCUACCGCUGUCGCUGGAGCAAGAGGAUCCGGGCAUCUGGAGUUGUCCUCCUGGAAACCAUCCUUUUUGGAUCCCUGCUGCUCUACUUUCCUGUCUUCAUCCUGUACUUCAAUGCCAGUGUGUUCCGCUGCAUCGCGCUUCGCUGGGUCCGGCUGCUGGGCUUCGCCAUCGUCUACGGCACCAUCAUCCUCAAGCUUUACAGAGUGCUCCAGCUGUUCCUGUCUCGAACGGCCCAGCGGGGCCCACACCUGAGCAGCGGGCGGCUGCUGCGGCGCCUCGGGCUGCUCCUGCUGCUUGUACUGGGCUUCUUGGCCGUGUGGACAGCGGGCGUCCUGGAGCGGGGGCCCCAGCAGACACCUCUGGUGACCCGAGGCCACACUCCCACCGGCCGCCACUUCUACCUCUGCCACCACGACCGCUGGGACUACAUCAUGGUUGUGGCUGAGCUGCUGCUCCUGUGCUGGGGCAGCUUCCUGUGCUAUGCCACCCGCGCCGUGCCCUCAGCCUUCCACGAGCCGCGCUACAUGGGCAUCGCCCUGCACAAUGAGCUGCUGCUCUCGGCCGCCUUCCACACAGCCAGGUUUUUGCUGGUUCCCUCCCUGCACCCGGACUGGACCCUCCUCCUCUUCUUCUUCCACACCCACAGCACAGUCACUGCCACGCUGGCUCUGAUCUUCAUCCCUAAGUUCCGGAAGCCGGGGGCUCCUCCCCGGGAGGAGAUCUUGGAAGAGGUGUACGAGGAUGAGCUAGACCUGCAGCGCUCGGGUUCCUACCUGGACAGCAGCAUCGCCUCAGCCUGGAGCGAGCGCAGCCUGGACCCUGGAGACAUCCGGGAUGAGCUGAAGAAGCUCUACGCCCAGCUAGAGGUCCACAAGACCAAGGAAAUGGCUGCCAACAACCCCCACCUGCCCAAGAAGCGGGGCAGCUCCCGCCAGGGCCUGGGCCGCUCCUUCAUAAGGUACCUGGCCGAGUUCCCCGAGGCCCUGGCCCGCCAGCACUCCCGGGACUCCAGCUCCCCAGGCCUCAGCAGCCUGCCCGGCUCCUCCCGCCGCCGGCUCCUCAGCUCCAGCCUCCAGGAACCGGAGGGGCCGCCAGCCCUGCGCAAGUCGCGCAGCAUCUAUGACCAGCACAGGGAGCAGGACUCUCCUCUCCUUGAUUCGCUGCCGAGGAGGAACCUGUCCAAGAAGGACCCACGGCUGGAGAGCCGGGAGCCGGCUCCUGGGCCGCCUGCCCUGAGCUUCAGGUCAGCCAGCGCCCACAACCUGACGGUGGGAGAGCGGCUCCCCAGGGCCCGGCCCCCCUCCCUGCAGAAGUCGCUCAGUGUCGCGGCUGGCUCCAGGGAAAAGGCCUUGCUCGUGGCCAGCCAGGCCUACCUGGAAGAGACCUACAGGCAGGCCAAGGAGCGAGAGGAGCGAAAGAAGGCGGAGGCGGCCAUGGUGAGCCCCGUGCGGAGGCCAUCGGCCAGGAGGCUGGAGAGGGCUCGGGGAGCCCCCGUGUCAGCCCCGCCUUCCCCCGCCAAGAGCAGCAGUGUGGACAGCUCCUACACCUCAGGGAAGCUUCAUGAGGAGGCUGGGAGGAGGCUGCCUCACCCACCCAUCCGGCAUCAGGUCUCCACACCCAUCUUGGCCCUGUCUGGGGCCUGCCUGGGAGAGCCAAGGAUGCUGUCUCCCAUCUCCACCCUGGCUCCUGCUCUGAUGCCAACUCUGGCCCCACCUGCCCUGGCUCCGGUCCCAACACCUCCCCAAAGCCCCAGCCUCCUCACCUUCAUCUGCCCCUGGGAGAAUGCAGAACUGCCAGUCAAGAAAGAGAACGUGGCCCCGGAAGCUCCCUCGGGGCCGGAGCGAGGCAGCCACUCUCCCGCCCCGGCUCGAGCCAGGCUCUGGAGGGCCCUCUCUGUGGCAGUAGAGAACAGGGGGGCCGGGGAGAAUGACAGGGACACGGAGGGUGGACCUCUGCAGGGGGAAGCCGAUGACGCGGAUGGGGACAGGCCCAAGAUCUUCUCUAAAUCCCACAGCCUCAAGACUCCUGUUCAGCAGGGCUCCAUGCGCAGCCUCGGCCUGGCCAUCAAAGCUCUGACACGGUCUCGGAGCACGUACAAGGAGAAGGAGGGCGGGGAGGGCAGCCCCGAGAAGGAGAAGGGCAGAGCGUCAGGGCAGGGGGUGGGGGCAGCCCCCAGGUCCCCCAGGUCUCCCAGGCCGGGCCGGCCCCGGGCGGUGAGUAAGCAGGCCGCCCUUGCUCCCUGCGACGAUGAGGAGUCUCUGCAGAACCAACAGAACGCUCACACCAGCAGAAUGCUCCAAGUCUGUCGCCCAGAGGGCAGCAGGGAGCAGGAAGACGGAGGCAAGAGGACGGCCCAGGGGCUAGGGGAGCGGAGAGUUGACAGAGCAGGCAAAACGGGGCCUGCCAUCCUGAGGCAAGUAUUUGGGGACAAAAACGCUGAGCAGGCAAGAGAGGCCCCUGUGGGGUGGCAGGAACCGCCCAAGGCUGGCCUCGGGCUCCUGGGCAGUGCCGACUGCAGGGCGGCUGAGGUAUGUCCCUGGGAAGCCACUGGGUCAGAAACGGGUCAGCUGGACAGUAGCAGCAAGGCCCAGAUCUGCCCCUGGGAGGUGAGCGAAGGAGGCCCUGACGGGAGGGCAGGGAGACAAGCUCUAAAUGACCAGCAGGAAGAGAGGCAGACAGCCCCAGAAAAAACAGAGCCCAAAGGUGUGGCUGCCACUGCUCGGAAGAAGCCAGAGAGGCUGGUCAGGGGGCAGGAGGCCGUGUGUCCCUGGGAGAGCGCCGACCCUGGCGGUCUUUCCCCUCAGUCAUCCCUCGUGGAGGCUGACGGAACCAAGGGCAGGCCCGAGGCAGCGGGCGGCAUGCGGGCUAGGAAGCUGGGGGAGAGCAAUCGGGGAGAAGCUGCCGGCCCAGAGGGCUGCACAGCUGACCUAGCCAAGGCAGAGCGGUGCCCCCGGGAGGUGAGUGAGGAAGGAGCCCGGGGGGUGGUGAAGGAGCUCCCCCAGGAACGGCAGAAAAGUCCCAAGAAGGCAACCUUUGGAGACUUAGAGGCCUUCUGUCCAUGGGAGAGCACCGAUUUCCGGGGCCCCUUGGCGGUCUCACUCCAGGCCUCAGGCAGCCCAGAGGGCUCAUGGAGUCCGGGCAGCGGUAUGGCUGAGGUGCGGCCACCGGAGGCAGGAGACUCUCUCGCCAUCAGGAAGGCAGAGGCCUGCCCGUGGGAGCUGGGGGAUGAGCUGAUGGGGACAGGUAGAGACUCCCUCCGGGAGAAGGGAAAAGGGAGCUUAGGAGAGGCAGGGGACCAAACUGUGAACACCGGGCAGAUGUCAAGUCCACGGCAGGAGUCACCGUGCCCCUGGGACAGCACAGCUGCUGGACAGCCUGGCCCAGGUGCAGACAGUUCCUCCCCCACAGCUGGGGGCCAGCUCCAAAGCAGUGAGGGCAGCAGAGUGACACAUGUGUGUCCAUGGGAAGACCUCAAGCCAGAAGGAAAGGAGGCAACACCCGCCAAAGCAGAAAUCUGUCCCUGGGAGGUUAACGAAAUAACAGAGGACUGGACGUCGGGACAGGCACCAAGAGGAGAAUCUCUGAAGGAAGAGCAGAAAGUGCCUAGGAAAGCAGGAAUCAAAGAUGCCAGGGCUUGGGAAAAGUCUGAGGGGCUGAUGGAAAAGCAGGAAGCAGUCUGCCCCUGGGACAGCGUGGACCCCAGCAGCUGCCCCCCACAACAACCAGGUCCUCAAGACGCAGAGAGAGCACAAGCCGUUUUCCAGAUGCCAGGCAGCGUGGAAGGCAAAGCUGCUGAGAUCUGCCCGUGGGACCUGGAAGAAACCCUGGCUGCUGAGAAGGCCGCGAUCUGCCCCUGGGAGGUGGGUGCCACAGCCAGGGAGGAGGGGGCUCAGGGAAUUGAGGCCAUCAGGAAAUCUCCCAGUGAUACAGGAAAGCCUCCUGCAGAUUCUGGACCCAGGGAGAGGGCUGUUACGGCUCCAAAGAAGCCAGAGAGACCAGCCCUGGAGCGCGAGGUGGCCUGUCCCUGGGAGGGCUUGGGUCCAGGGGGCUCCUGUCAGCAUUCAGACUCUCUGGACACCGACAGACCGAAAGCUGGGUUCCAGGGUCCAGCCCGUGUGGGGUGCAGGCCACCUGAGGUGUGUCCCUGGGAAGUGGAAGAAGCUCCUACCAGUGAAAAAGCCGAGAUCUGCCCCUGGGAGGUGAAUGAAGGAGCCACUGCGGAGGGACUGGGGAGCGGAUCAACAGCGCAGAGAGAGAAAACUCCAGAAACGGGGAGACUCACCUCCCUGGGAGAAGAGGUAUCAAAGCCAGAGGCAAAACUAAGUCAAAAGCAGGAAGCAAUUUGUCCUUGGGAGGACAAGAACCUGAGGGAACCAUCUGCUCAGGCCGACACCUCAGACUCGUGCAGCCGCAGGAGCAGCCAGGUGGAUGUGAGUGAUGAAGCAACAGAGAAGGGGGGCCUGAGACAAGACCCAAAGACAGACUCCCUCCGGGAAGAUACAACCCAAUCAGAAGCACUCACUCCUGAAGACGGGGAAAGAAUGAGCAGUGCGCUACAGUCUGUCUCCUUCCCUCCCCCUGACAGCCCUGACCAACCUGGGGGCAGCCCCCAGACACUGGCCAGCGCCAGGGGCAGGGCCGCUGAGAUAUGUCCAUGGGAUGCACCUGAGCUGGACGCGUGUAACCCUGACAUGGGUGCCAAGACUGAGAUCUGUCCCUGGGAGGGGGCUGAAAGACUCCCUAAGAAAAAUGCAUCAAGACAGGAUGGACAAGGGGACUCUCAAGAGAAGGGGAAGGCACCAGAAAAACCAGGGCCCAAAGGUGUGGCAGUCCAGAAAAAGCCAGAGACGGCAGACUCCGGGAAGCAGGAAGCUGUGCUUCCCCGGGAGAGUCCAGAUUGCAGGGGUCUCUCUCCACGGCCAGGCCUACGUGCUGCCGACAGAGGCACAGGCGGUUCUGAGGCGGCAGGCAGUGUGGGAGGCAGGGCAGCAGAAGUGUGUCCCUGGGAAGCCGAAGCGCCACCCUCUGCCAAGAGAGCGGAGAUCUGCCCUUGGGAGGCAAGAGAAGGCGCAGCAGAGGAAGGGGGACUGGGACAGGAGGUAGACAGAGAGUCACGUGGGCGAGGAGCGCUAUCCCUUCAGGAGGUAGAAGCUGAAGGCCACUUUUCAAAAGCAGCUGCAGAACUUGGCAGAGAGCAGGAAGCAGUGUGCCCUUGGGAAGGCAUGCAAGCAGGGGGGCUCCUCCCCCAGCCAGAGGCUCUGGACCCGGCCCAAGUCCAAGUCAGCCCUCACGCGGCAAGUGGUGCAGGGAGCAGGAUGGCAGAGCUGUGUCAGUGGGAAGUCACAGAUCCAGAAGGAAACGUAACAAAGGGCACCAUGGCAGACAUCUGUCCUUGGGAGGAAACCAGCCUCCAGGCUCUACCAGCAGCUCAGACAGAGGCUGUCCCUGCAGUCGCUGAGACAUCACCAUGCCUUUCAGUCCACAGACCCCUGCAUAGCUUCCUUCCGGAAAGCAAGAGCCCCCGCCCUCAGGUGAGCAAGCCAGCCAGUACUUCUACUGUAGAUGGUGUCAAAGAACCACAAGGACCUGCAGGCCUUGGGCCAAGGACUAGCUCAGUCCCCGAGCCACGUCACCAAGAACCCGAGGCCCAGCAGUCUGCCUCCAAAACUGAAGAUGAAGAGCAGCUGGCUUGGGAAGCUGACAGCGGAGAGCUCGCCCCUCCAAGUGUCUAUCCUUGGGACUGGGAGUGACACGGAGCUGGCUUUCCACAGCCACUGUGCUUCCCACAGCCUCGUCUUCCUGAACAGUGGAAUCAAAAGACACCUGGCCACUUCCCCACCUAGGAAGGCCAAAGUCAAAAAAAAAAAAGAAAAGAAAAGAAAAGAAAAGAAAAGAAAA